UCCCAUCAAUUCUUUUCACGUUUACCAUAAAUAUACCCCUCACGUUUCCUCUCUUUACGUAGCCAUAAUUUCCCUCAUCCUGCCUGACUGUGUCUUGGUUGCAAGGCGACCUCAUCAUAGGUUACCAUCUUUAUUUUCAAGUACGUAAGCUAGGAUCACUAUAAUGUGACAAACCUCCUCAUUAAAUGGCAUUUAUUUUUGUGGCUGGCAGUUUUUUCAAAGGAAACUGGGGGUUAAGGCUUAUCCGCGAGGCGGCAUGAUGAUACCAGAAGGUGCAGCUUCCGAUUACCUGAGCUGGAGGUUGGCUGCGGAGACGCCUAACAAUGUGAGUGCGUGGCGCACGGUCCCUUCUCAGUGCUUGACGUACGUUGAAGCUUACAUGCUUGAAGGACAGUAUGGCAGGGACCUUGACUUGAUUGUUGACCAAGUUUUGAGUUAUAUUAAUGAGAUAGAUCCCUCCAAUGAUGGCAUGGAUGCUUGGAUCCUAGAUGUUGACGACACCUGCAUCUCUAAUCUCAUCUACUACAGGGAAAAGAGAUAUGGGUGUGAUCCAUUCGAUCCAGCUGGUUUCGAGGCAUGGGCAUUAAAGGGAGGAUGCCCAGCAAUUCCUGCUGUUCUUGGAUUGUUUAACAACCUAGUUCAAAAUGGUUUUAAAGUAUUCCUGAUCACUGGCAGGGACCAGGAAACACUUGGCCAAGUCACUAGUGAUAAUCUGCAUGAUCAGGGCUUCAUCGGCUAUGAGCGACUAAUCUUGAAUUGAUAUGUUGAAGUUAAUAUCAUGCCAAUUAACCGUGCAUAUUUUCGGAUGCCAUUCGGAUCAACACCAAUGCAAGGACGCACUCCUGUUCCAUCAGAAUCAUAGGCUAGGAAACCCCUUGAUUAGCUCAAUCUACAGUCAAGAAGCCUAUCCAAAUUGGAAAAGGAAACUAAGCCCACCACCACCUAAUGCCAAAAACUUGCCUUUCCAAGAGAAGUUGUGUGGAUGAGCCCUGGAUGUUCAAAUUCCAUGCCGGCAGGAUUGAAUGGGAAACAGAUAUGUGCAUGAUUGAAUGUCAGCAUAAUACAGAGUAAUAACUCUGUUUAAAUGGCUCAUGAUAUACCCAAGAUUCCUAAUCCUUUUGAUGUCUCAAUCUCCACAGGACGGCAGGAUUCAAAGGACAAAGCGCAAUGGCAUACAAGUCAGAAAUAAGAAGGCGAUUAGAAAAGGAAGGUUACAGGAUAUGG